AAGAAUUGAUACAUACUUGUCCACAAUGGCUUUAAUUUAAUUGCUGUAAUGACGUGAGGGAGUUAAAAUGACGAGAUGGUUGAGUCGAUGUUUUGUAAUUGGCUUCAAAAAGUUUUACACCUCGAACGCUAUAGCUAAUUAAAUUGCGUGAUAACGAUCGAUAUUAACGUGCGCCAAGUUGGUUAUUAUUACAAUUGGUUUGAAACUCUAUACACCAGCUCAGUUGGACGUAAACACGAGAUCUGGAUAAAUAUUGUUCGUGUUCGGACGGAGUGAUUUCAUCGGAUCAAGACACUGAGGUUUGUGUACAAAGUAAUGCAAAUGCGGUGAGAGGAAUUUGUAAACCUCCUUGUCGUCUAGCUCAAGUUGAAAUGGCCUCUUCUUACGGGAGCGUACCUAUCGUGAAUAUUUCGAAUGGUGUAAAAGCAAAGCUUCAAAAAUGGAUGGGAAAAGCUAGUACCAACGUUCGCGACAAGCGAUCCGCUAGUUGUCAAGAAAAUGCUGCGGAAAUGACGGAUUACGCAUUGCAGCUACAAAUUAAUAAUGCCAUGCCCGUAACGUAUCAUUCACGGGCACACAGCGCUCCUAUACCGAUGACUUACGGCGAAAAAGUUGCGAAAAAGCCAAGAAAAAGCUCCAUCUCUACUCCUCCCUCCAGUUUUACAAAGAACCAAGGCACCCGUGAGAACAGCAAAAUUGAUGCGUACCCAAAGAAUGGAAUACCACGGGGUCUAACUCACAGUAUGGUGUUGCAUGAGUCAUCGAGUGAGCCCAGCAGUAGCCUGCAAAAGCAGAACAACGUUAACUGUUGUAGUAAAGACUUGAGCCCCGAAGAUCAAACUGAUAGUGUUGCGGUGAGUGCGAGUCGUCGGGCUAAAAACAUGAACACUAACGCUACCGCGACAAACUCGCGUGCGCUGAUGAAAGUUAACAGACCCCCAUGUGCAGUAUCGAAAACAUCUGGAGAAUACUCCGAUGAGAGUGCAAGCUCUGACAACGAGAAAAUCGCAUCGAAUCUCGUCUUCGAGAGCAAUCCCAACGACGUGCAACAGCUUUCUGGGCAAAUUCAAUCGAGGUUGCAGAAGUGGGUCGAGCGGGCAUCACAUCAGGCAGCUUUGCAGGACCGGAGACUCAGCGAAGGGUCUGAAAGUUCUACAGACGACAGUCUCAAUCCACCCGAGAGUCCCAAGUCAAGGUCUUCGGGAUCAGAACCGAAAUCUUGGACGAACGAGAGCCAGGUAAAGACGAUAAAAGAACUGGAGCUUGCUCUGAAAGAACUGGUGGGAAACGUUGGGGUAAGAGGGGGAAACUGGCCUUCGAAGCAAGGUGGAACUCGUUCGCCGGGUUCUAGUGGGCAGAGAUCAAGAAACAAUUCCCAAAAAGACAACGAAGAAUUGGAUGAAAACGGGAAUCAGUGUUUAUUGAACAAACUCUCCCGUGAUGGUAGCGAGUCUGGAUUCCACCAGAACAGAAAUAGCAGCUUAAGUACCGAGUCAGACGCAAGUGUCAAUAUGGCAGACGGGGAUGCUAAAUUGAUGAUUGACAACCCCGAAAAAUCAAAUGAGCUGUGUUCGGAGAAUCAGAUGGAAGACCUCGAUGACGUUAUUUUUGAAUCUAGUUGCCCAAUUCGUGAUCAGAGUAGAAAGUAUGUACACCCACACAAGAAUGGCCGCAGAUCCGUCACGUUGCAGGAAGUUUUGCUAUGCGAAACUCUCAUUGAACAAUGUCCGAUUCAGAAUAAAAGGACAACCCAAACUAACAGCAAAAAAAAUCACUAUGACUCAAUGAAAAACAAAGGCAAGGGUGAAUAUUCGCUGGAAGCUACUAUCAAAAAUCGUUCAGGCAAAUCGGAAUUAGCAGAAAGGCAAAAUGACACUGACAAUUCUAAACUUUCAGAAAAUAGUCAAAACAGGCCAAGAGAUGGACCAGGGAAAAAGCUUGAACGUCCAGGAUUGAGAAAGCAAAUGACAGAUCCCAAUGGAAGUUCUUUAAAGGUCGUCCCCGAUUUGAGAGUUCGAGAAAGCAUGAGACAAUAUUUAAAGUUCAAAGAUGCUGAUCUUUCCGCUUUCGCCGUCGAGUGCGUGCGACAUGCAAACAAAAAGAAACAAAUCUUGCGGGAAGGAGACGUGGAAAAAGAGAAUCUCGGCGACAAAACAGUUCAGCUGUCGAAAAAAGCGAACACAAACGAAACUAACGGUGCUCAGUCUGUUCAGAUAGCAGAGCUACAACCCAUUGUCAUCAUUUCCUCACAGGAUGAAGAUUACAAAACUGACGAGGCCGAAAGAUCGACAACUCCGACUGACUCGUGCAGAUCGUCAAUGGACGAUGAAACCGCAAACAAGCCCGUCGAAAACGAACGUAGAUCACGUUACAGUUUCGCCCGUACUGCGGAAGAAGCCGAGUGGUUCACGAAAGAGUUUAUUGAUCCCGCACAGGGAAAUUGUGUCGCGAAAAAAGAAUCCUUAGAACGCUCGUCGAGUAAUCCCCAGCGGGAUCCCGUGAGUUCGCAACGUUUGUAUAAAUUCCCUUCAAUGCCAAUGUUUUACAUACCAAAAGAAAACGUCGACUCUGAAAAUGGAAAACAAAAGAAAAAAGAAACAGUAAAUGCGCCGUCCGCGCCCUUGCCUCCGCCGAGAAGGUCCGCGGCUUCGUUUCCGUCAGCCCUAGAGUCACUGAACACUAAACCAGAUCCAUUUUAUCAUGGACUAUCUGACUCGACUUCUACGACAAAACAACGAGCAACCAGCAGUUCUGUUCUAACUGGUAAAGAACCAGCUGAAGACGAAAACGGCAAUGAAGUCGACAAGGCUUCUAAGAGGCCAAAGCUGAGAAAGAGAAAGAUGAGUGCACCCUCAAGAUCGGGACUUUACCCAAUGACCAAUGUCCGCGUGGACAUUGAAGCUCUCAUUUGACUUGACUCUAGAACACUUCGGUGUGAAGCUAAGUAAUGGAAAAUUAAAUAUAUAUCAUAGAAAUCAUCUUCAGCCAUGCAUUGCAUGGAGAUCAUUAAAGCUCUUGCUUGACUAAAUGCUUAAUAUUUAAGCCAAUUGUACCUGGACUUUGCAGAAAAAGAGAGAUCCGUCUGAUAAAGUCUCCCGCAUGCAAAGCUUAAAUCUCUGAGACAUUCAACAUCAGACCAAGGGAACAGAUUUUUAUUUUUAUCUUCUCUUGUCAAAGUAUAUUCCGAAAUAUAAAUUCCAUAUUAUUUACAAAAUUUGAACAAAGAUUAAUAUCUACGUAACAUUAUUAUAUAUACAUUCAUUUAAGUGCCUUUCUAGUGGGUCAACAAACUUGACACGUAUAUUUUUGCCAAAAAUGCUUGCUAGUACAUUAUCCUUUCAUCGUUGUUUCAUCGCUGAAGUUUGUAUCUGUUGAUUAUUCGUUAUACAAUUCGUGCUUUUUUGACCCCGAGGCAACGAUAAUUAUAUCGCGGCUACCAAAUGAAUUAACUGUCACAUUUUUUAUUUUAAUAACCCAUGAAUGUUACCGCUGAAGAACAGCGCAUAUUUAAUUUCUCAACAUUUUUUGGUAAUGAAAUCAGCUACAGGAUGCUAUAGAAUUUAUUUUCAUUUUCAGGAGUAUUCCGAACUUUUAUCAAUAUGUUGGAUCGCGUGCCGUGGUCUCCUUAAAUAAAUUUGCUCGCGUGAUUGACUAAUCUGUCGUGAUUUUUCAUCUCGUGAGUUUUUGUGGAUUUUCUUUGUAUUAAGUUUAUCCUCAUCUCCUUUACACCCCCCAGUCUCGAGCUUAUUUUUGCAAGAAAUGUUUUCGUUCCGGCUUUCAAAGCCCGGCUCAUUUUAACACUAUUUACGUGCGCUUAAGGAGUUAGGGUUGCUAGGGUUACCUCAACAACCGUGCUUAUAUUGGCUUUGCUCAAAACCGAAUUGAAAUUACUGUAGAAAAGGGCUUUUUGGAAAAGAAUAAUAAUAAAAAAAAAAACAUGAGUCUAGUUGGCUCCAAUUCCACGUUUUCCUCUAGCCAAAUUUACUCAGGCUUAUCAGUCUAAAGGAAAGAAAAUAUUUCUAUAGUAUUGACUUAGAAAACUUUAUAAUUAGUUAUGUUGUGUUUUCAUGGUUAAGGUAAUUAAAGACAAAUAUUAUAACGUCAACUUAGACAACGGUUAUUCCACAAGUGUUUUUUCCAGAUACAUGUUAAGGUCAAAAUAAACCAACUUCAAAUAUA